AAAGAGGCAAGCAAGGGGGACAUAGAAUAUGAAGGCCAGGAAAGAAACUGAAAUGUAGGUUCAGAUAUGAACCCAAAUCCGACGAUUCGUCUGGAUAAUUGACAAUUUCUGCAUUGGUAGGCAAGGAGGCUCUUAAUUCAUGUGUCAAAGAGUUUUGUGAAAAGAGGUCUAAGAAGAGAUAACACCUCUUCAGUAUGACAAAAAUGAAAGCUGACUGGCCUCUUGAUUAUGCGGUAUUCCAAUUGUCGCCAAGGCGCUCCAGAUGUGAAUUGUUUAUUUCUAGUGAUGGGAAAUCUGAGAAACUGGCAUCAGGAUUGGUGAAGCCAUUUGUGACACACUUGAAAGUUGCAGAAGAACAAGUUGCAUUGUCAGUACGGUCAAUAAAGCUUGAAGUUGAGAGAUGUAAAAAUGCCGCAACGUGGUUCACAAAAGGAACAGUUGAGAGGUUUGUGAGGUUUGUUAGUACGCCAGAGGUUUUGGAAUUGGUCACUAACUUGGAUGCAGAGAUGUCUCAAUUAGAAGCAGCUCGGAGAAUCUAUUCGGAGGGAGGCGGAGAUCAGCUUUCAAAUACAUUGAGUGCGUGUGGAACCAGGACUACAGCAACCGCUGAUGCAACAAAGAAGGAACUUUUGAGAGCCAUUGAUGUACGGCUUGUAGCGGUUAGGCAGGAUUUAACCACAGCUUAUGCUCGUGCUGUUGCUGCUGGCUUUAACCCGGAGACAGUCUCAGAACUUCAACUGUUUGCAGAUCAGUUUGGUGCUGAUCGCCUAGAGAAAGCUUGUAGCAGAUUUUUAGCAUUGUGCGAGAGACAGCCCGACUUGAUCAACCCAUGGAAGGCCAUUGUGGAAGAUCAAGCUGUCCGGUCCUCGUAUGGGUCGGACAUGUCUAUAGACGAAGACCCCAGCACCCCAGAACAACACCAUACUCGGUCUCAUCAACCCCAAUUCCAACACCUCCACAACAAUAAAUAUCUGACUGGCCGAGAACCAGAUGCUACCCAACAACUACAUCUUGAGCAAUCAAAGCCCUCCUCGUGUCAGCAACCCCUGCCCUCUGUCUCCUUCCCAUUACGACAUAGCAGAGAAUCAAGCGUCGAGGAAGACGAUGGUAGAAGAGAAAGCACUAAGGCUGUUGAGAAAGAGAAGAAAGAAGAGAGUUCAGGUCAAACAGACUCAUUUCAAGCAGGUCAGCCUGUGAGGCGGCUUAGCGUGCAGGAUCGAAUUAACUUGUUUGAGAACAAACAGAAAGAGACUUCUAGUAACGGUGGCAAGCCUGCUGUUGGGAAGUCUGCCGAGCUUCGGAGACUAUCAGCGGAUGUGUCCUCAGCUGCUGCUGUUGAGAAGUCGGUUUUGAGGAGAUGGAGUGGUGCCAGUGACAUGAGUAUUGACUGCAAUGGUGAAAAGAAGGAUAUUGAGAGCCCCCUUUGCACACCAUGCUCUUCCUCAGUUUCUCAGAGCAAGUGCGAGGACCAAAAGGGAUUGAAUGAUACAGCAACAUCAGCUAAGCUUGAGUUGAGAAAUGUUCCAGUUGCUGUUAAUGAUAAUAGGUCAAAAGAUCAAGCUAACUCUCAAACUCGGGUUGGAGUUACUCACCCUAGUAAAGAGAUAGUGACAACAAAGGUGGGGACAAGUUCUGGGUUUCAGUUGACAGCUUCUUCUGGUAUGUCAGCAGAUGCUUCCCAGUAUAACAAGGUGACUUCUACUUCAGUAACAGUUGGAAGUGACGGUUUGAAUGGUCAGCCUCGCGGCCAGGCUCAGUCAAGGUCAUUCUUGGGCAGGACUGAGGAUAACAGUUUGAAUGAUCAAGCCACUUCUCAAACCCUAUUCAGAUCUUUCCCUGCUGGUAGAGCAGAGAAUUUUGGUUCGUUGGAUGAAGAAAACUUCAAGGGUUCUUUUGGUGUUGAUGGGUCUGGUGGCAUCAAAGGAAAAGUAGUUUCCGGCAUGCAGGCUACUGAUCCGAAAGAGUGGGCUGCUCCUCAGACCCUGUCUAGAGCUUAUUCAGAUGGUCAGGAAGGCUUUUGUUUGUCUUUGACUCAAUCUGCACAGCCAGUUCAAAGGGGUAGGCAUUCUAAAGGAAACGAAGAACUCAAUGCUGAGCUGAAAAUGAAAGCAAAUGAGCUUGAAAUGCUUUUUGCUGAGCAUAAACUCCGAGUUCCUGGAGAUCAAUCUGACUCUGCAUGGAGAACGAAGCCCGUCGACAUGCAAAAUGUACCAGCAGCAACUUUGCCCUGCAGGACACCUAUUGCAGAGAUUUCUCCUCCUGCCAAGAGUAUGUCGACCGAACCUGUUGGGAGUUCCAGCAAUCUGGCAAAAUACAAUGCAAGUUCACCGAUAAACACCAUUGACCAUCAGGAUCAUAGUGAUGUUGAGGAUCAUAAUUUCUCCGGUCUUGUUUUUUCAGCCGAUUCUAGGGGAAAAUUUUAUGAUAGGUAUAUGCAAAAAAGAGAUACAAAACUAAGGGAAGAAUGGAGUUUAAAGAGAGCAGAGAAGGAAGCCAUGUUGAAGGCCAUGCAUGAUAGCCUUGAAAAGAGUAGGGCUGAGAUGAAGUCUAAAAUUUCAGGAUCACGGGAUGCAGGAUCCAGUGCUCAGCGACGUGCAGAGAGACUCAGAUCCUUUAAUACAAGAUCAACUACUAGCAGGGAGCAGCCAUUAGUUUUUUGGCGAAGUGAAGAUGAUGGAGACCUAUCUGAAUUUGCAGAACAGAAACCUAUUGAUGAAAAUAGGUCUUUUGGGGAGACAUCUUUGGGUGAUAGUGCUUCUGGGAGCAUCCAAGGUAAGAAGUCAUCUUCAUCCGUUCCUCGCAUCUUGUCCGCACCAGUCCCAAGACCUGCUGUCAAAGCUUCCAAUCCCAAUUCUGGGAGGCAAAGAAAACAGCCUGAAAAUCUUCUUGCGCAAUCAGUCCCAAAUUUCUCUGACUUCAGAAAAGAAAACACCAAAUCUUCUGCAGCUAGCAAAACCCGCCCACAGUUGAGAAACUAUGCACGCAGCAAAAGCAAUAGUGAAGAAAUACCACUUGUCAAGGAAGAGAAGCCACGUCGAUCACAAUCUUCGCGGAAAACUUCUGCAAGUCCUGCUGAAUUUCGGGACAUGUCUCCCUUAAACUCCGAGGGUGUUGUUUUGGCACCGCUAAAAUUGGACAGGGAGCAACCUAAGGUGAGUCUUAAUGACAAAUUUUCAAAGAAGGUGGAGUCAACACCUUUCUUAAGGAAGGGUAAUGGUAUAGGUCCUUGUGUCACUAAUAUUUCCAAACUGAAGGCUUCGAUGACAUCUGAGGCUAUGAAUAGUAACGAAGAAUCUGAUGAGUUGGUUUUCGAACAGGAAGAUUCAGUUGAUGUGGUCAAAGAUGAAGAAGUGGAGUUUGAAAUCAUGACAACUGAAGAUCAUGCAAAUCCGGAUAGUGGAGAGUCAAGACAGAGUCAGAAACCAGAGAAUUUGGUGAACUAUGGAUCAGAAAACGGUGGUUCCCUGAAACCUUUUUCUCAGGGGGACCGUUCUGUGGAGCCUGAAUUUCCUACUGUGGUGUCUUCAACUUUCCAACCACCUGUGUCUGUGCAGGAUUCACCAGGGGAAAGCCCUGGAUCAUGGAACUCACGCAUUCAGCAUCCGUUUGCAUAUCCGCAUGAGACCUCUGAUAUUGAUGCCUACGUGGACUCUCCAUUGGGGAGUCCCGCAUCCUGGAAUUCACAUCCUGCCAAUCAAACAGAGGCUGAUGUAGCACGAAUGAGGAAGAAAUGGGGUAGUGCUCAUAAACAACUUCUUGUUGCUAAUUCUGCUCAUAUUCAAUCCCGUAAAGAUGUGACAAAAGGAUUUAAACGGCUACUACAAUUUGGGAGAAAAAAUCGUGGCACAGAAAACUUGGUUGAUUGGGUUUCCGCUACAACUUCUGAAGGAGACGAUGAUACAGAAGAUGGACGAGAUCCUGCUAACCAGUCAUCCGAAGAUUUGAGGAAGUCGAGAAUGAGAUUCCCACAAGGUCAUCCUUCUGAUGAUAGCUUCAAUGAGAGCGAGUUUCUCAGUGAACAAGUUCAAGCUUUCAACAGUUCUAUCCCAGCACCCCCGUCUGACUUCAAAUUAAGGGAGGAUCAUCUAACUGGAAGCUCAAUCAAAGCCCCGCGAUCAUUCUUUUCUUUGUCAUCAUUCCGAAGCAAAGGAAGCGACUCAAAGCCUAGAUGACUAUUUCUGAGAAAAACUUUUUCAGCUCAAGAUCAUCUUCAGUUUAGAGUGCAAAGGACGAUACAUUUAAUAUUUAAAUAUCAAGUGGCGAGGUAGGUACCGCACCAUGAUCUGUAAGAGAUAUUCUGGGACAAUGUACAUCAUCAUGGAUUUUUGGAGGCCGACCUUGAGAGGCAGUCAGUUUUUGUGAUCGUUUGUGUUAAAAUGUAAUGUUGUAUAUUGUAUUGAGAAGGAAGUUCAAUUGGCCAAAUGUUUUGUAAUUUUGGUAGUGCAUGGUUAUUUGCAAGAGACUUGGGUGGUGUAUAUUUGAACUCAACUCAUGUUAGUUACGAAAAGUACAGUUUUAGGAAGAGUUUAUGUGAUCAUACGGCAUAAUAGCUUCAAAACGAUGUCUGCAGUUGUCAUCGGCAUCCAC